AUGGAGGAGGUGCUGCGCGGCAAGCGGAGCUGGGUGACAUCGCGCGGCUGGCUGCUCCUCUGGGACCCGGCGACGCUCGCCACCAUCCUGUGGAACCCGCGGGCCGCCGCCUCUGAUGGGAGUAGGGGCAAAUGCCUUGGGCCAAGUGGAGCCAUCGUUGACAUCGCCGUCUACAGGGUGGAUCUCGCGGGCAAGAGGUUUAUCAGGGUGGGCAGCAUUGGCGACCGGGCCAUCCUCGCCGGCGGCUCGAGCUACGCUUUCGCAGGCUGGUGCCCGGCCAACGAGUUUGGGCAGCUGCCCAACAGCGUGUACUGGAUACACCCCUACGACGGCCGCAUGUACGUGUACGAAGUUGGAUUCAAUACGGAGGAAGAAGUCCCGGGUUCGGCGGAUGACUCGCGUGCCGGCAAUCAGCACGAAGGCGGCAGAGAUCCCCGCGGACGACUUCUCGUGGCGCAAGUACGGCAGAAGCCGCCUGUGGAGAAUGCCCUGGACUCAGCAGUUGACGCAACUCGGUUGAGCUGCGGUGCACUAUAUUUAGCUGAUUUUAUUGGGAAGUGGUGGAACCAGGGAGGUGGGAAUAAUUUCAGUAUUAAAACUGUGGGGGAAAGCAGACACGUAGGCGGGGGCGGCCGCGAGAACUACGACAAGCGCAUGCACUGCCUGUCCAAGGAGGAGGUCGUCGUGCAUGCGCGGAUGCGUCGCCGGGCCCAGUUCUCCUGCCGCACCUUCCGCAACAUCAUCGUCCUCUCCAUCAUCACUGAGGUAGGUCCGCUGCGGGUGCUCGUGCUUCUGGUUGAUUCGUCCUGCUGCGCCGGUCUUUGUUCUGCAGGGCCAUGUCUGUUGGUGCCACGAAACGGCCGUGGCACUGCUUGUGUGAGCCACGACGGCGCUACCCGCGCGCCUGCCCUGAAACGCUGCCGCGAGCCGAGCCGCCGGCGUUCAUCUGGAGAAGCGCGGGAAGAAGAAGAUGGAAAGUGUAGUCUGCAAGCUUCUCAAAUCUGGGUACUCUUUGUGGGUUCUUGCAGGCACAAGCAAGGGAAGACCAUCGCUUCGCUCCUCUGGGCCGCCGCUGCUCCAACCCUACUGGACGCCAUGCAAGUAACUUUUUCCCGCCUUGCUGGAGGAGAUGAAGCACAUGGCAAAGCAGGAGUUCAUUGCGCACUUAAGAAGCCAACUUGUCGAUUUAUAGGUUACAUUAGACAGAACUUCUCUUAUAGAUCAAGUCAUGUUUCUCACCAUCCUCCUCAUCAUGUAGCAGAGGAGGCGUCCUGGAGCGCGGUGGAGGCAUUUUGGGCGUGGAGCAUGGCCCGGAGCAUGGCCUUGCGGUUCCUGGAGCCUAGGGAGGCCAUGCGAGAAACCUGGGGCAGCAAGAGCAGAGGCCUGCGGAGCGCUCCCUGGGGCAAGGCCUGGGGCGAUCUGCAGGGAGGAGCAGAGGCCUGGAGCUGCGGGCAGAAGAGGUCUGGAGCUGCAGGGAGGAGCAGAGGCCUGGAGCCAGCGGCGAGAUCUGGAGGCGACGACGAGAGGAAGGAGUGA